UAUUUACGAUGACCUCGAUAUUGAUUGUUGCAGUAACAUGUAAAUUCACCAUGUACAUUGCCCUGAAUUCAAACCCUCUCCAAUUCUCUACUAAUGCUAACAUUUUCAAAGGGAAUCUGCUCUGAUUUCCUUGUUUUCGUCUGCACUAGGUGAGUUAGUACAUGCACAAUUUAAUCUUCCUGAAUUUGUUGCAUGUCAUUAUAGUUUUUGAUACUAACAUUAUUAAGCUAUAUAAAGAAUUACCAUACCUUUAUCAGGCUUUUCCUUAUAUCUCAUAAUACCAGUAUAUUUAUAGUUUCUGCCAUGUGCUUACAAGGUAUUCCUGUGCUAGCACUUCCUUGUGAAAUCAUAAGAUUUGCAACAUGAGCAAUUGUUUUUAGCUAUAAUUACCAAACUAAGAGUCUCUUGAGGAACCAAUUCUACAUAAUAUACAUUGUUUUUUAUUUUUAUAGUGUGGGAAAACUUAUAAAAAUAUGUCCCUUUAAACUUGCUGGCUGUUUAGAUGUAACAGUAUGUUGUUAAAUUAUGAAAUUAUUUCCACGUAUACUUGGCUGUUGCCAUAAAUGUAUGUAAAAUAUAUCUUUGGGUUAAAAAAUUUACUUCCUUCUUUGAAUUCCCAUCGACAGUUUGGAAGAUGGAGACUGAAGCCGCUGUUGAAAAAGCUGUCGUUCGGUACUCAUACAGUGCAGACAAUGAGGACGAGCUUAGUUUGAAAGAAAAUGAAAUUAUCGUGAUCCUUGACAAGGAGCUCGAGGACGCUGGCUGGUGGAAAGGGGAACUCAACGGAAAGGUCGGAGUGUUCCCGGACAACUUCGUAGAACUCAUUCCAGCUGAAGAGCAGGGGAUAGACAAAUUCUCUAGGCCAUUGGCUAGCAACAAAAUACCACCACAAGGGUCUCAAAGAGCUUCUAGUCAUAAGCCCAAGCCUAAGAAGCCCCCUCCCCCGUCUGCUGUGCCGAAUCAGCAUAAAUCUAAACCGCUGGAAAAAGAGAAAUCAGUGGACCAGAAACACCCCCCAGUCACCGACCACAUCACAGAGAAACUGCACAAAAAGAAAGAACCAGAGCCGGAACCGGUAAAGACAGGACCUCCCCUCCUCCCUGGGAAAAAGCCAGUGUUGCCGCCUCCUGUGGGGAAAAAGCCGAGCAAACCGGACCCUCCCAAACCCGUAUUGGAUGGAAAGCCCCAUUUUGUGGGCCUCCGAAGCUCAGAGGAGCCACCUAGUCAAAAAGACAAAGAUAUACCUCAAGCAGAAUCUCAUUUUGAUGGAAUAGAGCCCACCUCAGAGAGACUGGUUCACCUGACAGCAAACAGGGCAAAGGGACCAGCCAAGCGACCUCCAUCACAAGUAAUAUUGAAUAACAAACCUAACAAAAGAUUUGUGAAGGAAGAAGAGAGGAAUGGUGAUGUUGAGUUGCCAACUCCCAAACAUCCUGCUCCUGUCAAAGAAAUCGCAGAGGAACCGCCAGUGCUUUUGCCAGCCAAGGAAAAGCAUCAGAAUCUGCCAGCCAGACCACCAGAACCCAGUGUUGCCUCCUCAGGUCUGUUAGCAAUGGUGGAAGAACUUAAGAGAGAAAUCAGGGAACUUAAAACCAAUAGUGUUUCAAAAGCAGCUUACAAUGAACUAAAGGUGGAAAAUGAUAAACUCCGACAGGACUUUGAAUCUUUUAAGACGUCUUGUGGACGUAAAAUCAGAGAUUUAGUGAACGAGGUUGACGAAGAGAAGAAAAUCCGCCUCAGUACAGAAGUGGAAAUGAAGCGGAUAAAGAAGAUGGUCAACGACGAAUCCCAUGUCUAAAGUUUUCUGCCAUAAAGUUUUCCGCCCUGUUUGUCUUGAGUUCUGUGAACCAAUUAAGUACAGUAGUAACUCUUUCCUGUGGAAAUAAUAAGUGACCGAAUUAAAAAACAAAAAAAAAUUCAUGGGAUCUUGUAGAAAGGUGGAAAAUGGCCCAGUUCUGAAACAGAGAGAGAGAGAUGUCUGAGGGGCGAUCUCAUUGGAUCCAGCACCAGGAUAUUAACACUGCAGAUAGGAGCUUGUCGGAAUGGUUUAAUAAAAACAAUUCACGUGCUUCCACGCCGCUUUCGGAUUUCAGUGCUAUUAUUAGAAAGAAAUCUUUGUGAAUCUCAGUGGAAUACAGUUCUCAUAGUCUGUUCCUUCUUAUUACUGAUAAUCUUUUUAUGCUUUGGAGUUUAAUGGCACAUGUUUACUGUGUUGAAUGAAAGACAAAGAAGUUCCAAGAGUUUAUUGUCGGCCAGUUCAGAGCAAAAUUUGGUCAUGUCAUACAAGCACCUGUUAUGUUAAUUAUCACUGUACAAUGUACGUUGUAUUGUUCUGUAUUUAAGAACUAUUUUUUGUUUCCUCCACUAUAAUGUUACAUUGGAAGUCAAAUUAUAUUAAGGAUUAUUUACCAAAUUCUUAUAUUGAAUUUGAAGAUUAUAUUUUUAUCAAAUUUUAGUCAUGACUUAUGUAAAGUUUUGUUAUUCAGAGUAUGCAGAUACAGAAUUUUGUUGUUGAAAAUUGCCUUUACAUAUUGUUACCAUUAUCACUAUUUAUGCUAUCUCCGUAUAACAGGUACAGUAGAUAUUAUUAGCUAGCUUUUUUCUUUAAUUUUUUUUUUUACACCAAUCUAUGAUUUUUUUUCUCUCUCCUUUACAGAUAAUCCUAUAUGUUGAUCUAUGACAUGUCAAAACAGAUUCAAGUCAGAUUGUGUUCUAGUGUUGAAGGGCAUUUUGUCGCUAGAGAUUUUUUCAGUUGUAACAUACCCACUUACUGGUAAUUGACCAUGCAUCAACAGCAGUCUGUAACAAACCCCCCAAAAAAGUCUUUUCUCGUAUAAAUGCUUGUUUGCACUUUUUUUAUUCAUAAUAUUUGUUUUUCAUUUAAGUGCUUCUCAUUUUACACAAGUUAUGUAAACUUUCGUACAUAAUCUUUGCACUAUUUAUUAUUUUUUAAGUGCUUAAUUGUUCGCUCAUUGCAUAUUUAAAAAGAAAAGCCUUAAUAAGAAUUUUACAAGUAUCAUUUUAAAAAUUGGUUGUCUACGCAUAUAUGCAUGUAAAUGUACUACAUGUAUUAUCAUUCAUGAGAAAACACCUGUAAAUAAUAAGUUUCUCAGAUAAAGAAAGAAGAAAUUUUACACUCUACUGGUGCAUUUAAACUUUGCAUUAAACUUUCUUUCCAGCUAUUCAAGUGCUACAUGUAUUAAACUAAGUUUUCAAAAUUUAAAAAUGGUUGAUGUCAACAGAUGUUGGUCUAUUAGCUUAUUAUCAUGUGGGUUUUCUAGGGAGAAGAGCAAAGGGGGAAAACCUGGGGGAGAGGGUUUGAGGAAGCUGUUUUUGAUAUUAAAUUAUUCUUGAUCCAUCAAUACUGAAUACUGUUAAACCUUUCUACAUUACCAGUUCCUAUUUCUAGUCCCCAUUGUUUACAUAACCUGAUUGUUAAAGAGUGUAAGAUUGUUAACGAGUUCUACAUGGAACAGUGCAAAGUUUAUGAUUUCAACACGAGUUCAAACAGACUUUCAUAAACAAAUUCAUAAAUCAACAAUAUUAAGGUUAAGUGAAGAUUUUUUUUUCCCAUAUGAGGUGGAAAAGUGCUAUUGACCUUUUGGAAUGAUAGGUACAGUAUGUACUGUUAUUUAAGUGAAGGCAGUGUAUGCCAGUUUUGUUCGUUUAGAUGUUUUGAUGAAUUUAACCCAAGGUGACCAGAAAAAAUAAUGAACAUAUCUUGUAUAUUGUACUAUGUCUGGAGUUUUUUAUACAGAUGAAGUCCUGUGACUAUUUUUGUUAUACAUUAAGUGUAGAAGAAGAAUGAAUGCAGCUAGAAUGUAAUUGGUGAAUAGGUUGUGUACAUGAGUAAUAAUAAUUCUCUAGAUUUUUUUUUAAUUCAGCAUAUUUCUCCUCUACUUCAAAUAUAUGUAGUUCAAAUAUAAACUUGCCAUAAUUUUUUUUCUAUUUUUUAUUUUCCCAGUCUAACAGUAUGAUCUAUCAAAAGUAAUCCUUCUGGAUUUUGUAUGAAGAUUGAUGUGGUCAUUUGAAUGUAAAUUUCCUGGGUUUUAGCGAUUCCGAUAUUACAUUGUAUAAGAAGACCAAAUUAGAAAAACGUGGAAAGUCAAACUUAGUUGAAAUCUGCAUCCUCAAUCUAUUGUCACACCCCUGUCUGUAUAGAAGUAAAGAUGUGUAUGGAUUCCAACUAUAGGGAUCCUGAUGUGUAUUGAUCCCAGCUAUAGGGAUCCCGAUGUGUAUGGAUCCCAGCUAUAGUGAUCCCAAUGUGACGGGAUUGAGCAAGGUACCCCCAUAGUAAUAGUUAGAACCUGGCAGAGGAUGAUGUUAUAUCAGUCAUUGUAGUCAGUGAAUGCUGCCAGCACAUCGCCAUUCUUCUAAAGACAUUCCAAAACUACUGAUGUGUUGUGAAAGGGACAGAUAGUAUACAUGUACAGUUAUAUGUAUUUAUUAUGAUUAAACACUAAACAAAUUGC